AUGAUGAUGUCAGUAGAUGUGACCAAUCGCAAUGGCCCCUCUGCCAAGCCUCCCACUUCCCUUAGCCUGCGCUCGUCCCACAACCAGCUCCUCAGCAGUGAUGUCAUCAAACAGGGCUCUUCCACACCUCCCAAGUGUCGCAAAAAGUAUGCGCUCACAAAUAUCCAGACUGCCAUGGGCCUCGGAGAAGCAGGGCCACCGUCAUCAUCCUCUUCAUCACCUCCACCAUUAUUGAGCCCCAACAACCCCAAACUGGCGAAGAACGGGGUCAACCAGCUCCGUAAAGCUGGACAGGAUCACAAUAAAAAUACAACAGAGAUUGAGUGCAAUUCAGAAAGCAUAACGGAUGAUCUGAGUAUUAACACACCUGAGGAGUUUGAAGGCCGCACUGAGGAUGACCCUGAGAAGUGCCCAAAUGGUAACACUCUUCCAGAGUUGGACCCCAGGUCAGAAACAGAAAAUGACUGUAAUGUCAACACUGCAGUGGAUCUCAAAUUGAAUGGCAACUCUGACUUGAACAUUGAAGUGGAGCAGAGCGACGACAUCAGCAUCUUGUCUGAGAAGGAACUUAAGUCUCUAAUGAAGGCUGAGGAUGAUGAGGCGGCAGAGGAACAUCAAAAUGAGGAGAAGAAACCAUUAUUGUUGAUUAAGAGUGAGUCUCCAGUGAAUACAACUCCAGAGAUUAUCUCUGACCACCACUCCAAGGGGUCCCCUGCGCCCCCUCCACCAUUCCAUCCCAGACAUGCCAGCCCAGAGGACACACCUCUACUCUCGGCAGCCUCCUGCUCCUCUUCUUCCUCAUCCUCCCCAGAGACUAAAAAAGACAGAAGGACCGGUGCAAAGACAGACUGCGCUCUGAACCGUAUCCAGAAUUUAAACCCGAGCGAUGAAGAGUUGAGUUGGACCACGUUAUCCCAGGAGAGCAACUCCCCUGAAGAGACAGAUAUCUGGAAUGAGCAGUCAUUCCAAACAGACCCAGACCUGCCGCCUGGAUGGAAGAAGAUCACAGACAUGGCGGGUAUCUACUACUGGCAUAUUCCCACGGGUGCUACCCAGUGGGAGAGACCCGCCACCCACCCUGCACCCCCUGGACAGACAGAGAUCCAGGCGCCGGUUGACCACACGAGCUCGACACCGCGUAAACAGUCGCUGAGCUCGCUCAGCCCUUCCCCCACCACAGACCAAGAGUCAUGUCAGGCCGAGGUUUUCUUCAGGAGCUCCACUCGCUCUGGCAGCACCACAUCAGACAGCUCAGUGGAGCCUCUCAACGAACACAUCAUGCCUACGUGUGGAUUUGUCAACAGCUGUUAUUUUCCUCGAUCCACAUCGCUACAAGGAAUAUCAGAUCAAGAGUGUACCCCCCAGCAUCAAGAAGAUAAAGACAAGAAACACAUGUGGGGUGAUUUUGGCGGAAAGAUUGAUAGUGAGGUGUGGAAGGACUUGCAGGCGGCCACGGUAAACCCUGACCCCAGCUUAAAGGAGUUUGAGGGUGCCACGCUCCGCUACGCAUCACUUAAAUUAAGGAACCGUCCAGCAGUUGAAGAAGACGACUCUACCACCGGCAACAGUGAUCCACAAUCAAAGUGUUUUGCAGUCCGCUCUCUGGGAUGGGUUGAGAUGGCUGAGGAGGACCUGGCACCGGGAAAGAGCAGCGUGGCUGUUAACAACUGCAUCCGGCAGCUCUCUUACUGCAAGAAUGACAUCAGAGACACAGUCGGCAUUUGGGGCGAGGGGAAAGACAUGUACCUGUUGCUGGAGAAUAAUAUGUUAAAUCUAGUUGACCCGAUGGACCGCAGUGUUCUUCACUCUCAACCUAUCGCCAGUAUCCGUGUCUGGGGCGUUGGCCGCGACAAUGGCAGGGAUUUUGCAUAUGUGGCACGGGAUAAAAACACAAGGAUCCUAAAAUGUCAUGUGUUCCGCUGUGACACGCCCGCCAAAGCCAUCGCCACCAGCCUCCAUGAGAUCUGCUCCCGGAUUAUGACAGAGCGAAAGAAUGCCAAAGCGAUGGCAGGAGGCUCUCUCCAGGACAGGAUUCAGGCGGGCCUAGAUCUUCCGUUACAAGAAUUUCCUACACCAAAGAGUGAGCUGGUUCAGAAGUUUCAGGUCCUCUACCUUGGAAUGAUGCCGGUUGCCAGACCUAUAGGCAUGGACAUUCUAAAUGGAGCCAUAGGAAGUUUAGUCACUUCUUCUAACAAAGAGGACUGGACUCCAGUGGCUCUCAACGUGGCUGAUGCCACAGUCACAAUCAGCAAAGACAAGGAUGAAGAAGAAGUGCUGGUGGAGUGCCGCGUACGUUUCCUGUCUUUUAUGGGUGUAGGACAUGACGUCCGUACUUUCGCCUUCAUCAUGGACGCUGGCGGCCAUCGCUAUGACUGUCAUGUGUUCUGGUGCGAGCCCAACGCCGGCAGUGUGUCUGAGGCUGUUCAAGCUGCUUGUAUGCUACGGUACCAGAAGUGUUUGGUGGCGCGGCCACUCUCCCAGAAGGCCUGCGGCUCGUCGCCGCCGGGCGACUCCGUGUCCCGUCGGGUGUCGACCAGCGUCAAACGAGGCGUCCUCUCCCUCAUCGACACCCUCAAACAGAAGCGGCCCGUCACAGAGUUGCCACAGUGA